UCAUUAUUUUUUUUUCGUUUCCAACAUAAACGAAACCUUACCGGUUAUUGUCAUUUUGUGCUCUCAUUUUCCUUCUGAAUUUCACACCUUACUCGACAACGGUGUUCCUGAACAAGCUACCACAGGAUAACUCCAUCCUCGAGCACUGCUCUGCACUUUUGAGAUUCCUUGCACAACACUCAAGCUAAUUAUAGCAACCGGCAUCUCGUCAAAAGAAGGCUGCGACUCUAUGUUGCCAUAGCAACCGCAUCGUCGGCUGCAUCCUUCCUCCUGCCUUCUCGGAUCAAAAAGACGGAACAAAAAAUCUUUAACCAAGAUGCAUCAACCUCGGGACAGGACCGGCAAGAACACGGCGGACUUUGAGGCCUACUUCUCAGAGCUGGAGGAGAUCCAACAGGCCAGUAAGAGCGGGGAGAGUAACGGGUCCAACUCGGCCACGGACGGUGAGGAUGACGAAGCAAGGACACCGGAGGGGGAACCGGAACUGCGGUGGUUGAAGGAAGCCGGCCUGUCGUCCAUAGCUGACUCUCUCAAAGAUGGGCAGAUUUUAGAUGACCUCCUUCUUGACACGGCUACCUCAACGCUGACGCGCACCCAGGCAGAGGCAGUCAAGAAGCGAGUAGAGAAAGUCAACGAGACGUUAAGGAACAAGCAGCGACAGGAAUCCCGCAUACCGGACGUCCGGGACAUCUUCCCACCCAACCAGGAGCACUCCAACAUCACGUACACGGACAGCCGCGGCGUCUCAAAGCGUGGGACUCGCCGGUCGCGGAGCAGGACGCUACCGGAGGGUCUGAGCAGCGAGAAGCUGCUGUCCAAAUACAAGGAUGCGUCGUCGGGCGUGGCCGACUCCGUCAACUCGGGUGUUAAGAUCCUCAGUCUGACGCACACCAUGCCGAUCACGGUCCCCAGCCAGAAGGGCAACUACGACAAUUUCCUGAGGUCCCAAAUGCGGGAUUCCAUCUUGGACUUGCAGUCAUCCGAAGAUGUCGCGCUUCGACAGGACGACCUGCUUCGGAGCUUGUCUGCCUCCCUUCCUAAUAUCACCAUUGCCAGGGACAAGCUGGGCAUCACCCCAGUCCAUUUCCUCUCCCCUAAAGACAUCGACCGCGUCCGGCAGAUCGCCCUGAUUGAGCUGACGGCCAUGUUUGAUCGGCUUGGCCUGUCCUUCCAGCCGGUCCGCAAGUCCAGUCGAAAGAAAUACAAAGACUCUGGAAUCUUUGGCGUCCCGCUCACAACGCUUGUAGAGAACGACAGACUAUGGAGGCCGGACACAGACACGCCGCUGGUAUUACAAAAAAUCAUUAGUUACUUGGAAGAGAACGGGCUUGACGAAGAAGGCGUUUUGAGAGUUCCGGGCUCGACGGGCAGAAUUAAGCAACUCCGUGAGGAAAUCGAGAGCCUGUUCUACGAGGGCAAAUUCAAGUUUGAAGAUUUACGCAUCAACGACAUCGUGGGUCUCCUCAAGCAGUUCCUGCGCGACCUGCCGACGCCCAUCCUGACCCUGGACUACAUCAACGCCUUCGCCAUGGUGGAAAAAAUCCAAGAUCGCAAGAAGCAGCUCCAGUGUCUCAACCUCUUAAUCUUGGUCCUCCCCGACAUCCACAGAGCUACCCUGAAGUUGUUACUGAAAUUUCUGGGCAAGGUGGUGGACCACGAAGCCAAGAACAAGAUGUCGCUGAACAACAUCGCCAUGAUCAUGGCCCCGAAUCUCUUCACGGCGCAGGCCACGCGGAAAAAGUCGCCCGACUACGCCGAGCUGCAGUUUGCGGCGGGCACGUGCAACGUCAUGCGUAUGCUGGUCAAGUACCACAACAUCCUAUGGGUGGUCCCAUUCCGUAUGACGGAACAAAUCAGGCGGAUGUGCGAGGUUGAAACCAAAAAGACCAAAGAUUCAAAAUCGGUUAUGACGCUUUUCAAGAAAAAGGACCGAAAGAGCUCAGCAGCUGAGUUUGACGCGCAGGAAGGCGUCAUCCGCAUCCAAAUGCCGGGCAACGAGAAGAUCUCCAACACGGUACGACUCCACGAGACCAUGACGGCGGGCGACAUCGUGUCGCACUUCACGCAGCACGUCGUCCACCCCGUGCCCGAGACGCCGUUCAAAAGAACGAACAGCCGACGAAGAAGUAGGAGGAAAGCGUUCGAGAGAAACGGCGAUACAUCAGGUCUGAUGUCACAGCUAGCACCCAACAGAACGAGAUACUUCCUGUACGAAGUCGGCGGUAAUAUAGGGCAGAGAUGUUUAGACCCCGACACCAACAUGCAAGCGUUGCUAAAAGUGAAUCCCAACGCGGAAUGGAUCAUCAACGCAAAGACGAACUGAAACGAUCCAUACGUGUGCUGCCAAGUCCCCCCCAAAAAACUCAAACAACUUCACUCCAAGGUUUGUUCAGCUGUUACAAGUACUGGAACGCUCUGGUUGGAAGUGGAGCUGUUUCGGGCAAACAUGGCCAAAAGUUCAUGUGCCAGAUUGUCCGGGGGAAAGGGCGAACUCGCUUGAUUUGGAUGGAACUGGAACCAAUUUGGAUUGCAGUGGGUCAAAGGUUACUCUGUGUCCAAGUGGCCGAGGGAAAUACCCCCCUCGCUUGAUCCGAAUGGAACUUGAACCAAUUUGGAAUGCAGUCGGCCAAAAGUUACUCUGUGUCAGAGUGGCUAAGGGAAAUACCGCCCUCGCUUGAUCCGGAUGGAACUUGAACCAAUUUGGAAUGCAGUGGGCCAAAAGUUGCUCUGUGUCAGAGCGGCCAAGGGAAAUACCGCCCUCGCUUGAUCCAGAUGGAACUUUAACCAAUUUGGAAUGAAGUCGGCCAAAAGUUACUCCGUGUCAGAGUGCCGAAGGGAAAUACCGCCCUCGCUUGAUCCGGAUGGAACUGAAACAGAUUUGCAUUCAACUUGACCAAAGUUACUCUGCGUCAAGAGUUUCUGAGGGGGAAACACUGCCCUCGCUUGAUAAGUGUGCGACACGUGGCUGGUGCUCAUUAGCCGGUAACCGAUAGACGAACAAGGUUAAACAGCGCUGCACUAUUUGGGAGAGCGUUGUCGCGUCGUCUUCCAAAGUGCUGCAUUUUGGAUAGUAAAGGAACUGCAUCGGUCACAAAAUGAAUGAAACUAUAUAAGUUUAAUAUAGAGCCCAGAUAUUUAUGUAAAUAUAUAUAAAUAUUAAUUUAAAACAAAUAACAUCGUAAUCAGUGCUUUCCGAAAUGUAUAUGCACAAAAGUCACAGCAGGGGAUAAGCAUAGCAAGUAUUACACAAAUUGCGAGAUAUAUGCAAUAUUUUUCUCAGCCCUGUAGCCAGUGUAUAUUUUUCGUGUUUCAAAAAAUUUAAAAUUAUAUUUAACAGCCUGACGAUUUGUAGAUUCUGGCACAGAUAACACUAGAAAAUGGUAAUUUUGUAGCCUUUGAAAAAAUAUCUGUGUUUCAGUGGGCAUUUUAAAAGAUAUGCACCGAAUAUUUUAUGCGUUUUUAUCAUAUCAAGAUCUUUCAUUGGAAAAACUACAAGCGAGCAUUAAAAUACAGUAUUUUGUGCAAUACUGUCAUUUUUUAGAACAAGAACAAGUUUGUAAUGCUACAAAAGAACGAACGUUUAAAAUACCAUGCAAGUUUUACAGCAAGCACCACAUUUUGUGUAAUAAUCGAUCAAAUAUUGUCACAAGUAAAAUUUACACUUGUAAAAAAUGUAUAACAAGUUAAUGCGUUUGUAAUGAUAUUGUAAAUAUUUCGGUUUUAUAGUAAUUUAUUUAAACAGAUGAUUUUUUUUUGUCUUGUGUGAUGAUAAAAGUGUUUUGUUCUUUUUAGACUGCCAGUAAUCCACUAAGGAUGUUUCGUAAAAUCAAAAAAUAAUUCUAAAGGUGAACAUUUAUUGACAACAUAUACGCAAAAUGUGUCAAAUAGCUCCUUCAGUGAAUAAGCACCCCCCCCCCCCCCCCCCCAAAUGAACAAAUACAAAUAUUUCAGUUAAAUUUUUUUUAAUUCAAUUUAAAAACUGUUGAGAUCAACUUGGUCCACGAAAAGUCUCACUUGUCUGAAAAAGGGACCAAUUAAUAUUAAGGGAUACUAUUUAAUCAUUUUUUUGCUCUAAACAUUGUAAAAAUUCUUAAAAUUUAAUCUUCAGUUUUCAUAUGAAUUUUACAUGACCCCCUAAAAUGUUUUUACCGAUUAUUGUUCAAAGUCAUUCCUGUCUAUAAUGCAAUCAACUUUAACCAUUUGUACUUGUACAUUUCUUUGGCGAUAUGUUGCAUAAAUUGAGUGUAUCAAAAUUAUAGGUUAAAAUAGCAAUGUUAACAAAUUAUGGUUUCUAAAAUUUACAUGAGACUAUAUGCAUUUAAAUGAAAACAACUUGCCAGAUUUUUGUCAAGUAUGAAAAGUGUUUUUAAAAUAAACAUUCAGCUUCACAUAAUUUA